CUAGCGGCAAGGCUGAAAUGCGCGCCGCCUGUGUUGUAUUCCUGCUGAUCUAUCUCGUCACCUGUCUGCUGUGGCUCAUCAGCGUCCGCGAUCUGGCAUGAAUGCAACCGAGCCAGAAGCGCAUCUUCCUCAGACUCUUCCUCGCCCUCCCUCUUAUCGCGGUUCGCUUGCUCUGCAGUCUGAUCAGUGACUUUGGCCAGAACCCGCAAUUCACCCUGAUUGGUGGGGAUAUCACCGUCCAGAUUGUGAUGGUGACCGUCGAGGAGUUCUGGUUGUGUAUGGUGGGUGGUGGAGUGCUGCCGGGGAGGUUGUAUCCUCUUCUUUAUAAGCUGCGAAAACAACAACAACAACAACAACAACAACAACAACAACAACAACAACAACAACAACAACAACAACAAUGA